AUGGAGGACCAAGUCGGUUUCGAUAUCAAUGAGUCUUUGAAGCUUUACCUUAGCGAUGUGACGACCAUCGCCACGCCUGAAGCGAGUUCAGAAUUGAUCGACUGCGAAAAUGACCCCGAGAGUCUUUCACCAGGGCUGGUGGACAAUGUGUUGGAUUCGGUGAUAGAUCUGAUUACGGAAAACCCAGAAGGGCUUCUCAGAAGCUCGACAUUCGAUACCUUACAGUUUCUGUUAAAGCACUCAUCCGUCCUAUCCACGCAAACCCUGGGCAAGAUUCUCAAUUUGAUUGUUUCCGGACUGUCGACCACCGCGGACGUCGCAAACCACGAUAUCGAAAAUGACGAACAAGAAACACUGCCGCAGCACAAACGUCUGCUGGAAAUGUACGCAUUCCUUCUUCAGUGGUCCAUAUCCGCGGUCGAAGCAAAAGCACAGGAGAAGUCCAGCGCGGCGCCGGCAAGAAGAGGUGGGAAGGGGGCAAAAUCAAAGUCGGCUACCAAAGACAAUGCCUGGGAUUCUUCCAGCCAGAUCCAGAGUGCAAUGGAUGUUAUGUGUCGAGUGAUGAAGCUCAAGCUGAAUCGCAUCUUCCAGACAACCUCUGAUCGCGACACAUUCAUCAAUCUGUUUACGAGAUCCGUUUACAUGAUAAUGGAAAGCGAAGCCAGAGUCAAGAUUACAGCUGUCCGCAUGUUUUGCUUCAAAGUGCUCUGCGUUGCCGUGAAGCAUCAUGGUCAUGCUCUUGGGGCACAGACUUCGAUUGUCCAGAAUCUCACAUACUUUGAACAUUUAUCAGAGCCCAUGGCCGAGUUUCUCCACAUCCUCUCGGAACAGUACGACUACCCUCAGCUAUCUGCCGAGAUUCUCAGAGAGUUGGCGGCAAAGGAGUUCAGCCAGAACGACAACAAAGGUCCCAAGUCGGUUUCUGCCUUUAUCAUCAAACUUUCAGAGCUCGAGCCUAGGCUCGUCAUCAAGGAAAUGGGCUUGCUCGCGAAAUUCCUUGACAGUGAGGCACACACCUUACGAUGUGCGGUGAUCGAGGUCUGCGGGAAUCUGCUCGCAGAUCUCAGCAGACAAGAGGAGAAAAGUGAAACCACCAAAAUACAAAUCAAUGCAUUUUUCGACACCUUGGAACAACGAUUUCUCGACACAGCACCUUUCUGCCGAGUGCGAGCAAUGCAAGUCCUCACCAAGAUAUGUGAUCUGGAGCAGAAGUUUCCUAAGAGGAGACAGAAUGCUGCCGAACUUGCCAUGCAGAGCCUCCAAGACAAAAGCAGUAAUGUACGGCGGAACGCUAUCAAACUUUUGAGAAAGCUGGUUUCUUCGCACCCGUUCAGCCUGAUGCACGGUGGACAGCUUUCGCAAAAGGAGUGGAUAGAAAGACUCGAGGCAGUAGAAUCACAAUUGGACGCGUUGAAGCCGCCACCGGACUCACCAGGAGUGGCACGGACAGCAGCGGGGGAAGAGCAGGUUGACCAAGAACUUCUCGAUGAUGCAACCCAGGCGGUGGAGGAGCCAAAGGAGUUAACUGAGGAGGAGCAGAUUGCCGCGGUCAAGAAGGCACAGGAAGACGCUGCGACGUCUGAAUUGGUUGGCAAACUACAACUGACCCGAAAAUAUUAUCUCGAGGCACUCAGAUUCAUCGAGACCAUUCACGACGCUUCGGAAAUCGCGGUUCAGUUGUUGUCGUCGCCCAACAAGACCGAAGUCAUCGAUGUGAUGGACUUCUUUGUGACGAUUGAUGCGUUCAAGGUCGAGACAGCACGAAAGGGUAUCCGUCGAAUGAUGCGGCUGAUCUGGACCAAGGGGAACAGUGAUGAGGGCAAAGGUGUCCAGAACCAUCUGAUCGACAACUACAAGAGUCUCUUCUUUGACGCCCCUGAUAUGUUCAGCGCCAACGACGCCGCCAAUUUCGUCGCUCGAAAUAUGAUCAGCUUGACAUUCGGGGCAACACCUGCAGAAUUGACCUCGCUAGAACAGCUGCUGAGCACUAUGUUCAAGGCUGGCCACAUUUCGGAGUUAGUGAUUGCCAAAUUGUGGCAGGUGUAUGGCGUCAACAAGGAAAUCUCCAAGGCACAGAGGAGAGGUGCCAUCAUCGUCCUCGGCAUGAUUGCUCUGGCGAGCCCGGAGGUUGUGGUGAAGGAACUUGACACGAUGUUGCGAGUCGGCCUUGGACAGCUGGGCCGGACUGAUUUUGUGCUCGCCAAAUUCACUUGCGUUGCCCUUCGACGCAUGAUACCCACCACAAAGAAGGUGCAAGAGAAGACCGCCCCAACGGGUCUUUCGAAGAUGUCCAACAACCAUGAAGUUCUUCGUAUGCUCGCAUCAAUUCUCCUGACCACGUCGGCAAGCAAAGACUGGUAUGGGAUGGCGGAACAGGCCAUUAGCGCCAUUUACGUCCUUUCGGAUCAUCCAGAUGUCCUAUGUUCUGAAGUGCUGAGACAGAAGACUCGGCUUGUCUUUCAGCAGACGAAAGACUUGCCGUCGUUAUCGAGGUCGUCUUCUCCAGAGCCCGAUGCAAUGGACAUUGACGGGGAAGAGCCAGUCACCAACCCAGAGACCGAACCACACGAGCCUGAACCGGUAGAGACUAAGCAGGAGAAGCCAUCUAUUGCAUUGUCACAGCUGUUGUUCGCCGUCGGCCACAUUGCCAUCAAACAAAUCGUGCAUCUCGAGUUAUGUGAACUCGACUUUAAGCGACGGAAGCAGGACCAAGAGAAAAACAAGCAAGAGGCCAACUCUCCCCUUGACAAGUCAUCAGGCCCUACCCCACGUCAGCGGAAAAGGACUGCGGCAGAAGAGGUCCUGGCGGAGAAGCAGAAAGAGGAAGAAAGGGACGAGCUCGACCUGAUUGGGGGUACGACCGAAGAUGAUUUCACCGAAGCCAUUGCGCACAUAAGGGAACGGGAGCUGCUAUAUGGUCCACAUUCGCUGCUUGCAAACUUUGGGCCGCUGGUGACAGAAAUCUGCGCGAACAAUACUGCGUACAAGGAUCGAAAUCUCCAAGCUCAGGCGACGCUGUGUCUGGCCAAGCUCAUGUGUGUGAGCAGUGAGUACUGCGAGAAGAACUUGCCUCUCCUGAUUACCAUUCUGGAACGAUCCAACGAUCCUAUCGUCCGCUCCAACGCGGUGAUUGCGCUGGGCGACAUGGCGGUGUGCUUCAACCAUCUCAUUGAUGAGAACACCGAUUUCCUCUACCGACGGCUGAACGACGCCGACGAAAGUGUGAAGCGAACGUGUCUGAUGACAUUGACCUUCCUCAUCUUGGCAGGGCAGGUCAAGGUGAAAGGUCAACUGGGAGAAAUGGCCAAGUGUCUGGAAGAUGGGGACAAGAAGAUUGCAGAUCUGGCGCGCAUGUUCUUUACGGAACUGGCCACCAAGGACAAUGCCGUCUACAAUCAAUUUGUCGACAUGUUCAGUGUGCUCACUCAAGAGGGGCCGUUGGAGGGCGGAGUCAUGGAAGAGGAAGCAGUCAAGAGGAUUUUGAAAUUCUUGUGUGGAUUCAUUGAGAAGGACAAACACGCGAAAAACCUGGCAGAGAAACUCGCAGCGCGCCUGAACAGAUGCGCGAAUAAACGACAAUGGGACGACACAGCCUACGCGCUGUCGUUACUGCAGCACAAGAACGAGGACAUUACGAGGAGGAUCCAAGAGGGAUAUAGAGUGGUGGAGACCGAGGCGUGA